CGUCGCAUACACAAAACAAUAAUGGAAUACACAGCAGAAAACUUGGAAAAGGCAGUAUUAUUAUUUUAUAGAACAGAAGCAUGUCAACAAGCAGAGGCUCAUCAGUGGUUAACAGAGGCACAACAUUCCCCACAAGCUUGGAGUUUUGUUUGGGAUUUACUCCACCCUCAAAGAGGCUCUGAAGUACAAUUUUUUGGUGCUACAACUUUACACACCAAAAUUUUGAAGAAUUGGAACGAAGUGCCACAAGAUCAUUAUGAGAUUCUCAAGAAAAAAAUACUGGAUUCAAUCAUUAGCUUUGCGAUGGGUCCUAAAAUCGUACUCAAUCGAUUAUGUAUAGCUUUAUCCGCUUAUAUCAUUCAUACUGUCCCAGCACAUUGGCCAAAAGCUUUUGAGGAACUUGUCGCUGGGUUUCAACCUCAGCAUUUACCCAAUGUUGAACCUGAAAGAGUUAUUUGGAUAUUACUGGAGAUUUUAACUGUUAUUCCAGAAGAGUUUCAAAGUACAGCUUUAGCCACCAGCCAAAAAAAUAGAGUAAAUACAGCUUUAUUAAAUGUGUCAAAAGACAUCUUAAAAGUGGUUGAAAUGUGUUUAAAGCCAAUUCCGAAUGUAAACUUUGAUAUUUCAAAUUUGACAACAUAUUUAAAUGCAGUGAGAUGUGCUUGUGCUUGGAUACAAAUUGGUGGGAUUAAUAUUGAAAAUUGUAGCCAUGUGAUGGAAUUAUUAAUAGAUUUAACUUGUUUUGUUUAUUGGCAUAGAUCUGACCCAGAAGGUAUGAGUUCAGAAGAAAUGGAACUUGCGGAAGUUGCUUUAGAAACUUUAACAACAAUAAUACAACACCCACAUACACAUAAAUAUAAAAAUCAUAUUAUUAAACACACUGCAGAUAUGAUGGAAAAGUUUAGUAAGAUUUUAGAAGCUGAAAGAAACGCUUUGGACCCAAAUAAAGAUAUUUUAGCUACGAUUUAUUUAUUACUAACUGCAAUUGCUGAGGGACACUCAAAAAUAUUUAUUAGUUGUUUAAGAAAUAGAAAUACUCCGGAAUGUAAAAUAACAGAAGAUCUUUUAACUUGUUUAUUAAAAUGUUCUGAUCUCCCUGGAUCUUAUCCUGUUGAUGAAAUCAGUAGUUCUAUAACUUUUGCUGUUUGGUAUACGUUACAAGAUGAUAUUUUAGCAUUAGGAACAGCUGAAUGUGCUGAACUUUUACUUUUAAUAAAACCUUAUUAUCGCGAAUUGGUUUGUAUAAUGCUUCGAAAAGCGAUGUUCCCGUCAUCCGAUGAUAACCCAUCUUGGUCUGCAGAGGAUAGAGAAACCUUUCGUUGUUACCGACAGGAUAUAGCUGACACAUACAUGUACUGUUACAAUGUUUUAAAUAUAGAAAUGCUCGAUAUUUUAAAUUCUAAAUUAGACGAGGCGUUGGUAAAAUGUUCUGUAUCAAGAGAGUAUUGGAAUAUUGUUGAAAGUUGUCUGCAUGCUUUUGGGGCUGUUGCCGAAUGUAUUGAAAUGGAAAAUCUCUUCUUGCCAAAAUUAAUGGGCACUUUAAAAGAAGUUCCUUAUUCUGACCUCCAUUUCAAAGUGUUAUCGAGUUCACUAGAAGUGGUUGGGGCAUAUUCUGAGUGGUUAACCAAUCACCCAGAAAUGUUGGGAAAUGUAAUUCCAUUAGUGGUAUCAGGAUUAUCAAACACUGAGGUCUCUUUAAGUGCUACAAUGGCUUUAAAAGAUUUAACAUUGAAUUGUCAAAAAUAUUUACAUCCAUACGCGGAACACAUACUGGGUACAUGUCAAACUGUUUUACAAAGUGGUCAAUUACGUUUACCCGAACGAACGAGACUGAUGUACAGCGUUGGUAGAAUAUUGAGUAUUUUACCAGUAAACAACAUUAUGCAAUAUCUCAAUGUGAUUUUAUCACCAUCAUUUGAAGAGAUACAAUCGUUGGUUAAUAAUGAGCCACAUUCUUCGACAGCUACGAUUUUAGUGACUCGUUUAAAAGUGAUUAGUUCGUUAUUUGCUACCUUACAUGUCGAAACAACUUCAGAGGGUGCAGAACAACCUUUAUUAUUGGUUGUACAAAACACGAUGGGGUUGUAUAGUAUGAUUGGAACUAAAUAUAGCACAAAUACUGAAGUUAUUGAGGUUUUGUGUGGAUUAUUAAAACAUGUCGUAAGCACUUUAUUGGAAGGCUGCAAACCCUUACUGAAUGAUAUAUUGCAGUUAAUUGUGAAUAUUUAUAGAGAAAUUCCUCAAGUUAGUGUUUUAGAAUUAUCCAAGACUGUAAUGUUUUUAUUUGGUCCUGAUAGAAAAUAUGUUCCAUUAAUGCAACAACUUUUAAAAGAACUGUGUAAUAUAACCCUACAAAUGUGCGCUCAAUUAACCAACAAUAAUCGAUUAUCUGAGAAGGUUGAUGUGAUAGAAGCUUUUUUUCGAAUGUUGAUGCAAGUAUACAAAAAGGUUCCUUUACUGGUCCAGUCUGAAAGUGGUAUUGACGUUACCGCUCUUUUUCAAUGUGCUGUGAUGUGCCUCAGUAUGCCCGAACUGAACGCCACAAAAGUAUGCUCAGGGUUCCUAGUUCACUUUAUAACGCAAAGUCGUGAAUCAAAUCAAGCGGUUGUUGUGCAAACAUACGGCCAGUCACUAGUUUUAGCAAUUCUAAUCAAUAUUGGUGGGGCUGCUCCUCGAACUUGUUCGGACGUACUUACCGACCUCAUUUUAGUAUUGAAUAAGAAGUACUGUGAUAACCUUGCUCGUUGGUUGCACACGUUAUUGCCUCAGGAGGGUUUUCCUUCUCCUCGAGUAACCAUGGACCAGAAAGAAGCGUUUAUCAAGUCAGUGUUAAGAGAAAAAGCGAAUAAACGAAAACUGUGCGAAAUUGUAACAGAAUUUAUGCUCUUAUGUAGGGGAAUUUUAAAAGUUGGAAAUUAAAAAAACGAACAGCUUUAUUUUGUAAAGCGUUCAUCUCUAAAGGUAUUAGAAUCCCGUCGUCGUCGUCCAUGUAGCCGUAAUAGUCAGCGUCGAUGUCCUUCAUCAUUUCGGCACGCGUCUUCCUUGGCGGUGGCGGGGGUUCCUGCUCAAACAGCUCUCGAACACCUAAAACAAGGAACAAUUAUUUAACUAGAUUCACUACAUUAAGACUAAAACUAAAAUAAACUCAGAAUAGAUACAAUUUAAAUAGAAUUAUUCGAUUACAUAGAAUUGUUCAAUUUAAAAAGGAAUGUACGAUUUUUAAGUGACUCUUUAAAAACUUUUUAAACCUUUAUAGCGCUCAAAGUAAAUCAAAAAUUUCUUUUUAUUUCGUAUUAAUUCGAUUAUAACUCAGCUUAAAUCUUUUUUAAUGAGAUGUAUAAAGAUUAAUUCUGUUUAAGUUAGUGAAAAAAAAUAAUGGUAUCCCUCCAAAGAAUUUAAAAAAUAUAAAGAUGUAUAACUUUACAAAAAUGCUGUACAUUUACAUAACAAAAUGGAUUUGUAGUUGUUGUAACUUAUUGUCCUUGUCAAUAUAUUUUACAUUCAUCUCA